CUGUGGGAAUCACGGCACAAAGGAUGAGACGCUGAAACAAAGGCGAGCGCAGAGACGCUCCCAGAUGCUCACAAUGUUUAGCGCUUUAUUUGCUUUCCUCAAAGUGAUGCCAAGCUGCUGAGAGAGAUGUUGGGUGGUCUCACACUGACGGACAGCGUAGAGAUACUGAGAGAGAGUUAAAGGCGUGCAUCUCUCCUCCUCAUCAUGCGCUCGGGUCUGAAGCGUGCACUUGUUCUGAGACAGAAGCGAGAAUGUGAUUGUGACGUGUUAUAAAGGAUCUCUCUCUCUGAACUGUGUGCAUGCUGUUAGAAAACCUUGAUUUCGCUCUGAUAAGGAAAGGCGUGAUAGGCCUAAUCAUGAAAUUCCCGUUAGAGAAUCCGAUGAAACAGGUGAACUGGGACCCUGAACAAGUGGCUGUUCAGACAAACAUCAUCCCGUCGAAGAAGGUCCAGUCCGGUGCGGUCCAGUCCAGUCUGGUUCAGGCCAGCGUAGUGGCCAUGCAGAACCCGAUGGGUUGUGAGGUGAAAGCCAACGGUCACUGUGUUCUCCCUCGCCUCUCCAUCUCGUCCCGCUCGGCCAGUGUGGUGACGGGGAUGGACACUGGUGCGGAUGGGUCUGCUCUCCACUCGGUCAUGAAGUGGAAGACGGUGGUGACUGUGUUUGUGGUGGUGGUGAUGUACCUGGUGUGCGGCGGUCUGGCCUUCUGCGCGCUGGAGCAACCCUUCGAGAGCAACCAGAAGGACAGCAUCACGCAGGAGAAGGCCCAGUUCCUGCAGAGGAACCCCUGCGUCUCUCCAGCCGAGCUCGAGGCUCUCAUCAAGCAUGCAGUAGAUGCGGUCAGUGCUGGAGUGAGUCCCAUUGGAAACACGUCUAAUAACUCCAGCCACUGGGACCUCAGCAGCGCGUUCUUCUUCGCUGGAACCGUCAUCACUACAAUAGGCUAUGGAAACAUCGCCCCCAGGACUGAGGGUGGCAAGAUUUUCUGCAUCCUUUACGCCAUAUUUGGCAUCCCUCUGUUUGGCUUCCUCUUGGCCGGGAUCGGUGAUCAGCUAGGAACUGUGUUUAUGAAGAGCAUCCUGAAGGUGGAGAAAGUUUUCAGGCAAAAACACAAGCAAAUAAGCCAGACCAAAAUCCGCGUCACCUCCACUAUACUCUUCAUCAUUGCUGGCUGCAUAAUUUUUGUCACCAUCCCAGCAGUGAUUUUCAAACACAUCGAGGGAUGGAGUACUUUAGAAGCCAUUUACUUCGUUGUCAUUACUCUCACAACCGUCGGCAUUGGAGAUUAUGUAGCAGGUGGAGAUCAAAAAAUAGAAUACAUGAAAUGGUACAAGCCUCUGGUCUGGUUCUGGAUUUUGGUGGGUCUGGCAUAUUUCGCCGCGGUCCUGAGCAUGAUUGGAGACUGGUUCAGGGUUCUGUCCAAGAAAACAAAAGAAGAGGUUGGAGGGUUUAAGGCCCAUGCGGCAGAAUGGAAGGCAAAUGUUCGGGCAGAGUUACGUGAGACACGGAGACGCUUCAGUGGAGAGAUUCACGACAAACUUCAGCGUGCGGCCACCAUCCGCAGCAUGGAGCGCAGACGUCUCGGUCUGGAGCAGAGGGCGCAUUCACUGGACAUGCUGUCACCUGAAAAGCGUGCAGUCUUUGCUAGGUUGGACUCCAGGAGAUUUAAGACCUCCUCACAGGAGAGCAUCGACACUAAACUGAACAACCUGCGCCUGAAGGCUGAGCACAGUGAACAGCAGGCGUCCUCCGAGGAGAACAUCUUCAACCGCUUCGGCUCGCUCACCAAACUGGCCAAGCGCAACAGGAGCAAAGAUCUCCACAGGAACAUCCCAGAAGACGCCAGCAGGCUGGGCGAUGUCCUCAGCAGCAACAGCAGCAACGUCACUCUGGGAGAAGAGAGAAGCGAGGACGAGGAGGAGAUGGAGGAAGAGAAAACAGCAAUGGAGGCCAACACUGGCUUCACGUGUCUGCCUAACUUCCCUGAGGAACCCAAACAGAAGAACAGUUUCGCUCCGGCUCAGGCCAAAGAACAAGAGCGAAAUAAAAGACUGGAGCAGAAAGAACAUCAACCGUAGGCAGACGAUGACAGGGUGAACAUGUGCCUUUGUGUUUCGUAAGCUGCUGCUUGACUCAAUACGAUCAACCGCAGUUGAUUUUCACUGUGACAAAUGAUACGUUGCCAAAAAUGAGAAAA